CGAGGCAGAAGGGGGCGGUAAUGCUCACAAACCGUUGGUUCCAAUCUUAGAGUUUCAAGAUGGCGUCUCAGUAUUACCAAGAGAUGCAAGAGAGCUUCAGAAAUAACAACAAAAGCAGAGAAUUCGCUGCUCACACAGCCAAAGUACACUCGGUGGCGUGGAGCUGUGAUGGCAGGAGACUUGCUUCGGGCUCGUUUGACAAAACUGCGAGUGUUUUUAUCCUCGAGAAGGACCGUUUGGUGAAGGAGAAUAACUACAGAGGUCACGGUGACAGUGUGGAUCAGCUCUGCUGGCAUCCCACCAACCCAGAUCUGUUUGUCACGGCAUCCGGAGACAAGACCAUUCGCAUAUGGGACGUCCGCACCACCAAAUGCAUCGCCACUGUCAAUACGAAAGGAGAGAACAUCAACAUCUGCUGGAGCCCUGAUGGUCAGACCAUCGCUGUUGGGAACAAAGAUGACGUGGUGACCUUCAUCGACGCCAAGACGCAUCGCUCCAGAGCCGAGGAGCAGUUCAAGUUCGAGGUGAACGAGAUCUCCUGGAACAACGACAACGACAUGUUCUUCCUCACAAACGGCAACGGCUGCAUCAACGUUCUGAGUUAUCCAGAGCUGAAGCCCAUCCAGUCCAUCAACGCUCACCCGUCCAACUGCAUCUGUAUCAAGUUUGACCCGACGGGGAAAUACUUUGCCACAGGAAGUGCCGACGCCCUCGUCAGCCUGUGGAACGUGGAGGAGCUGGUGUGUGUCCGCUGCUUCUCCAGGCUGGACUGGCCUGUGAGGACGUUGAGUUUUAGCCACGAUGGGAAGAUGUUGGCCUCGGCCUCCGAGGAUCACUUCAUCGACAUCGCCGAGGUGGAAACAGGAGAGAAGCUGUGGGAGGUUCAGUGUGAUUCUCCCACCUUCACUGUUGCCUGGCACCCCAAGAGGCCGCUGCUGGCCUACGCCUGCGAUGACAAGGAGGGCAAGUACGACAACAACCGGGAGGCGGGGACCGUCAAACUGUUCGGCCUCCCCAACGACUCCUGAGACGGAGCAGCUGAGUGUUUCCUGGCUAAACAGAUUCUGAUCAGACCUUUAGAGAGAGAGAGAGAGAAGUAAAGGACUCUGCUGCUUCCUGAAGCAACAGGAACCUUCUGCCUCCAGCAGGUGGCGCUGCUCUCCUGACUUUCCUUUUAAACAGCUGACUUCAUUCCCUGUUUUGAUACACAGAGAACAACAACUCCCAGUGCUGUAAUAUAGUGUUUUUUUAUGUAAAAUAUGCUUUUUUUAAUAUUAAAACUGGUCUCUUUAUAAA